AUGAAGAUUUUAAUUUUUCUUUGGUUUGCUGGACAUCAGACUGCUUCUUUCCGUGAUGUUGCUGACAGGUUUGGUAUAACAAUUAGCAGCCUGUUCAGAGUUGUGAGACGUCUGACACAUGUUAUAAGCCGUAUGGCUAGUACCAUAAUAACUUGGCCGAAUGAGGAAGAAAAACAGGAAACAAGGAACUUUUUCCAAAUGAAAGGAUUUUCUAAUGUCAUUGGGGCUAUUGAUGGAAGUCAUAUACGUAUUGACAAGCCUUCCUCAGACCCAGAUUCCUACUAUAAUAGAAAAAAAUAUUUUUCUAUUCAUAUGCAAGCUGUUUGUGAUYAUAGAAAUAAAAUAAGAAGUAUAUUUAUCGGGUUUCCUGGGUCAGUCCAUGAUGCCAGAGUUUUUAGGAGGUCACCAUUAGCUACUAACUUGGGAAUUCUAUGUCAGGAGAAUGUGAUUCUUGGAGAUAGUGCUUAUCCUUGCUUACGCAAUCUUAUUACACCAUUCAAGGAUAAUGGUAGAUUGAGUCGUCAACAAAUUAACUUCAACAAAACACUAUCAUCAUGUCGGUACGUUAUUGAACAUUGUUUUGGUUUGCUCAAGCAGAAGUUUAGGCAACUUUACCACUGCAAGCUGCGCAAAAUUGAGCAUAUAGUGCAUUUCAUCAGAGCUUGUUGUGUAUUACAUAACUUGGCAAUUGACGAUGAAUUUCAAAUAAUAAUUGAAAAUGAGGAUGAAAUUAAUAAUGGCGAUGACAUUCAACUGGAUGAUGACAAUGCUUAA